AACCCACGUGACACAUUAUUUUACAUGAAGUGCUUUAUUUGGUGUUCAACAGGUUACUACGUUUCAAUUCUGCAGAGUGAAUAACAUGGAAGAAUUUCAAAGUAGUGUGUUGGUAUUUUUUGUGAAUGGGAAAAAGAUAGUGGACAAUGAGGUUGAUCCAGAAUGGACUCUUCUGUUUUAUUUAAGAAAUAAAUUUAGAUUAUGUGGAACCAAGUUAGGAUGCGGAGAGGGUGGCUGCGGUGCUUGCACUGUGAUGCUUUCAAAAUAUGACCGGAUAAACAAGAAAAUCAUACAUUUACCGAUAAAUGCUUGUUUGGCUCCAGUAUGUGGCAUGCACGGUUUAGCAGUAACCACAGUCGAAGGAAUCGGUUCAACCAGAACCAAGCUGCAUCCGGUUCAAGAAAGAAUAGCUAAGUCACACGGUACACAAUGCGGUUUCUGUACCCCAGGAAUCGUAAUGUCGAUGUAUACCCUUCUAAGAAACUCCCCCAAACCCAGGAUGAAAGACCUAGAAGUAACAUUCCAAGGAAAUCUGUGUCGCUGUACAGGCUACAGACCCAUCAUGGAAGGGUACAAAACAUUCACCGAAGAAUGGGAAUUGAUACAAAAUGGCAACAGAUUAAACGGUGAACAAGGAAACGGUUGUGCGAUGGGAGAUAAAUGCUGCAAGUUUCAAAACGGUACCACGAAAGACCCUGAAGAAGUUUUAUUCAAUCGAAACGAGUUCACACCGUAUGAUUCUUCCCAAGAACCUAUUUUUCCACCGGAGCUAAAGAUUUCCGAUCAGUAUGAUAAACAAUAUUUGGUUAUUAAAGGCAAAACGGUUACGUGGUUUAGACCAGUCAACUUGGAACAACUACUACAACUCAAGAAACAAUUUCCUGACGCGAAACUGGUUGUAGGAAAUACUGAAGUUGGUGUUGAAGUCAAAUUUAAACAGAUGGUGUAUCCUGUUAUUAUCCAACCAGUGUUGAUACCUGAAAUGGUGGCUAUUACUAACACUGAAAAGGGUGUCAGAAUAGGAGCUUCUGUCACUUUCGCGAAUAUUGAAAGUUAUUUGAAGAACGAAAUUAAUCGACUGCCUGAAGAGAAAACACGGAUUUUUAAAAGCGUUAUCGAUAUGUUGAAUUGGUUUGCCGGUAAACAGAUCAGAAGUGUGGGGGCUCUUGGGAGUAAUAUAAUGACGGGAAGUCCAAUUUCGGACAUGCUUCCGAUUCUUAUGGCCAAUGAAGUAACACUAGAGUUACAAAGUCGGGAUAACGGAAAACGCGAAGUUCUUUUAGACGGAAACUUCUUUACUGGCUACAGAACAACAAUAGUAAAACCAGAGGAGAUACUUUCCGCUAUUUAUAUUCCUUACACCAACAGCGACCGCUACUGUUACGCUUACAAACAAGCGAAAAGACGUGAAGACGACAUCGCUAUUGUAAACGCUGCCGUUAACGUCACUUUCGAACCAAAAACUGACAUUAUAUUUGAUAUAAACGUAGCUUUCGGAGGAAUGUCCUAUAAGACCGUUACAUCACCUAAAGCUAGAUCACAGCUCAAGGGUCUACCCUGGAAUCGACACACUUUAGAAUUAGCUUUCACCCACUUACAAGAAGAUUUGCCGCUAGACCCUGGUGCUCCUGGUGGAAUGUACCUAUACAGAAAAUCGCUAACGCUAAGUUUGUUCUUCAAAGCAUUCCUAGCAAUUUCAGCAGAUCUAGAAAAAUAUAUCCCCCACAUUAAAAUCGAUAAACGGGAGUUGAGCGGCAUUACAAGUUUCGAGUCCAAGGAAUACAAAAGUGCACAGUACUUCACAGUCGUGCCAAAUACGCAAGAAAAAAGUGACGCUCUUCAACGCCCCAUUAUACACAAAUCCGCCUAUAAACACGCAACCGGAGAAGCAAUAUACUGUGACGACAUCCCCUUCUUCGAAAACGAGCUCUAUUUAGUCUUGGUGACCAGUACCAAAUCACACGCAAAAAUUUUGUCAAUUGAUCCGUCGGAAGCUUUAGCCAUGGAAGGAGUGCUUUAUUUCGUUUCUGAUAAAGAUCUCGACGAAGGAAACAAUGUCAUGGGUUAUAUGCACCACGAUGAAAAAAUAUUUUAUACAGAUAUAGUAACAAGUCAGGGUCAAGUUAUAGGAGGGAUAGUAGCAACGGAUCAACUCACGGCAAGGAAAGCAGCUCGAAAGGUUAAAAUUGAGUACGAAGAUCGUCAUCCCGUGAUAGUUACCAUUGCUGAUGCCAUCAAACACAACUCGUACUUUAAAAAUCCCGACAUAGUAAUAGUAAAAGGGGAUGUUGAAAAAGUUUUCGACGAAGCACCUCACGUUUUGGAGGGUGAAUGUCACAUAGGUGGUCAAGAGCACUUUUAUCUUGAAACACAGGCGGUAGUUGCGGUUCCCAAAAAGGAAGACCAAGAAAUGGACAUCUACUCUGCUACUCAAGCGCCUACGCAGUUGGCUGAAAUAUUAGCUCAAGUUUUGGGUAUACAACAGAACAAAAUUGCCGUUAAAACGAAACGGUUGGGUGGCGGUUUCGGUGGCAAAGAAACCAAGUCCAUAAUAGUCGCCCUUCCGGUAGCAAUUGCAGCCGUGAAGCUAAAUCGUCCCGUCCGGUGUAUGCUGGAUAGAGAUGAAGAUAUUGUGAUAACUGGAGGUCGACACCCCUUUUACAUAAAAUACAAAAUUGCUUUCAAUAAUGAGGGCAAAAUUUUGGGCGCUUCUGGACAAUUCUACAGCAACUGUGGCUAUUCCUUGGAUUUGUCGCCCUUAGUACUGGAACAUGCUAUCACCCACUUCCAAAAUUCCUACAACAUACCUGUCGUUCGACUUGAAGGUUAUACAUGCAAAACCAAUUUGCCUUCAAACACGGCAUUCAGAGGUUUUGGUUGUCCACAAGCUAUGUUUGCAGCAGAAACCAUGCUUCAACACAUCGCUGACUAUCUCAAUAAAGAUCCAGUCACACUGAGCGAAUUAAAUCUAUACAAAGAAGGAGACGUGACCUUCUACAACCAAAAACUGACUAACUGUACUAUAGACAAAUGUUGGAACGAGUGUAUACAGUCUUUCAAAUAUUUCGAAAAACGCAAAGGAGUAGAUAAUUUUAAUCGAGAAAAUCGUUACAAAAAACGCGGUUUGAGCGUCAUUCCUACAACUUACGGUAUCGGAUUUCCUUUACCGUUCCUCUACCAAGCGGGAGCUUUGGUGUUAGUGUACACCGACGGAUCAGUCCUUUUACAUCACGGUGGCGUCGAAAUGGGACAAGGACUCCAGACCAAAAUGAUACAAGUUGCUAGCCGAUGUUUAGAAAUCCCUAUUGAAAAGAUUCACACAGUUGACGUUUCAACAGACAAAGUACCUAACACCACUGCAACCGUUGCGAGUCUGAGUUCGGAUUUAAAUGGGGUAGCCGUUUUGAGAGCUUGUAACACCAUCAAGGAACGACUACAACCAUACAAAGAAGCCAACCCUAAAGGAACUUGGGAGGAAUGGGUUAAGAAGGCUUAUUUCGACCGCGUAAGCUUAAGUUCAACCGGCUACUAUGGAGACUCUGAUUUUGGAUACAACUGGGAAACGGGAGAGGGACAGAUGUACAACUAUUUCACUUACGGUGUGGCGUGCUGUGAAGUUGAAAUAGACACGUUAACAGGAGACCACCAAGUUCACAGCGUCGAAAUUGUAAUGGACUUAGGGGAAAGUUUGAACCCUGCUAUCGACGUCGGUCAGAUUGAAGGUGGUUUUAUGCAAGGUUAUGGUCUUUUCGUGCUUGAAGAAUUAGUGUAUUCGCCGUCUGGAACUAACUAUACGAGAGGUCCUGGGAGUUAUAAGCUUCCAGGUUUUGGAAACAUUCCAGGAGAGUUUAAUGUCGCGUUGCUUAAAGGGGUGUCAAACCCUAGAGCGGUUUAUUCAUCAAAGGCUGUUGGGGAACCUCCACUGUUUCUUGGUAGUUCGAUAGUUUUUGCUAUUAAGGAUGCUAUAAAAGCGGCAAGGAAAGAAAGUGGGUACGAUCCUGGCGAUUUCAGGUUAGAUUCGCCGGCUACUUCGGCGAAAAUUCGUAUGGCAUGCCAAGAUAAUAUCACGGCUAAGUUUAAGGAGCCUGAACCUGGAACUUUUACACCUUGGAACGUUUUGGUAGAAUAGGUUUUGACAUAUAUUUUAGCGUUCCGGUUUAUAAAUAGUGUACCUAUAUGUUUUUCAUAUUCAAAGUAAAUAAAUAAAUAUAAAAACUGUGUAAA